CAAAGAUGUCGCGAAAUCGUGUUUGUUUGAACCAUUAAUUAAACCAAAACUUUACUUUUAUCGGAACCCUUCAGUUUCCAAAACAAAAAAAGUCCCGUGAGUCUAGGGUUUUAAGUUGGGGGAGGGAUCCAAGAGUUGUGCCCAGGAGUGUGUGUGUGUGUGUGAGUGUAUUUUGAAAUUUGGAUAUGGAUUCUGCGGAGGAAGUUGCUAUUUUUGAAGAAGCGAACGGUCGCGGCCGUAGGAUUCGGAGAGUUUCUACGAAGAUGAAGAAUUACGUUGACCCUGUCACUGACGAAGACGAAGACCAAGGACCUAAGAAGCGAAAGGUCAAAAAAGGGGGAAUUAGGGCUCCGAAGAAGGUAGACGAUGAAGGUGUUAGGGUUGAAGAUGAGAACGGAGGCGCUGAUUUGGCGAAGGAGAAGAAGCAGAGAGCCUCUGCUAAGACGAAUGACUCAGAAAAGGACUCAAUUGCUGGGGAAUGUGAGGAUUCUGGAAACCAGGUUACCAUUGGGGCAAGGAGGACUCGGAAAAGGACUAAUAAGGAUGAAAUCGAUGGUGAUGUUCCAGCUAAGCCGAACAAGAGGUUGAAGAACGGAGCUAACAAAGACAACACGGAUAAUGCUGAAGGUGCAAAGUCCAAUAGGUGUCAUCAAUGUCACAGGAAUGAUAAAGGGUACGUUGUGCGGUGUCAGAACUGCAACUCGAAGCGUUUUUGCCUCCCCUGCUUGAAAACUUGGUACCCCAACAUACCACAAGAAGAUGUUGCCAGUAAAUGCCCAUUCUGUUGUGGUAUCUGCUGUUGCAGACAAUGUUUGCGUCUAGAUAAUAAGAUACAAGCCAUAAAUCCGAAUCUCGAGGUCAGCAAGGACGCAAAAAUUCAAUGCUCUAAAUAUAUUUUGCGGUGGCUUCUACCACAUAUGAAGGAAAUAGUUGAUGAACAAAUUGCUGAGAAGGAAAUUGAGGCAAAGAUAUCAGGACUGGAGUUUGGAGAGGUGAGGCCCCUAGACGCUGAAUCUUUCCCUGAUGAGAGACUAUACUGUGAUAUCUGCAAGACUUCGAUCUUUGAUCUCCAUAGGAGUUGCUCGGCCUGUCCUUGUGAUAUAUGCCUUACAUGUUGCCUUGAGAUCCGCAAUGGAAAGGCUCAGGCAUGUCAGGACGAUGUGUCCUGGAAUUAUAUUAACCGAGGUUUAGAGUAUGAACAUGGAGAAGAAGGCGAAGUUAUUGAUAAGCCGAAGGAUAACCCAGAUGAUAAGCCGGAUGAUAAACCGGAUGAUAAGCCGGUUUGCAAAGACCAUAUGAAUUACCCAUCUUUGUGGAAAGCAAAUGAAGCUGGAAUCAUUACUUGUCACUGUGGUGCUGAGGGUUUAAAGUUGAAACGCCUACUUCCUGAUGGUUGGGUAUCUGACUUGUUAAUGAAAGUAGAAAAACUUGCUGAUGCCAGCGAGCUUUUGGAUUUACCUGAAAUAGUUUUGGAGCGAUGCCCUUGUUUUAAAUCUAAUGGUCAUAUUGACAUGGACAACGGUAAAUUGCUAAAGGCUGCUUGUCGAGAAGGUUCAGAAGACAAUUAUCUAUAUUAUCCAAGUGUUAGAGAUGUUCAACAAGAAAAUUUGAAUCAUUUUCAGCACCAUUGGGUAAAAGGCGAGCCUGUGGUUGUGAGAAAUGUGCUUGAAGCAACAGCUGGAUUAAGCUGGGAACCAAUGGUAAUGUGGCGUGCUUGCCGCCAGAGAAGCCACAUUAAGCAUGGAGAACUUACUGAAGUUGAUGCUGUUGAUUGUAUGGACUUUUCUUUACUGGUUAUACGGACGGUCGUUAUGAUCGCAUGGAUUGGCCACUAGUUCUGAAACUGAAAGAUUGGCCUCCAACUAAGACCUUUAAAGAAAACUUGCCACGUCAUGCUGAGGAGUUCUUAUGCAGUUUGCCUUUGAAGCAUUACACACACCCGGUAAAUGGACCUUUGAAUCUUGCUGUCAAACUUCCCAAAAAUUGCUUGAAGCCUGACUUGGGACCAAAGACUUACGUUGCUUAUGGAUUCGCGCAAGAAUCUGGCCGUGGAGAUUCUGUUACUAAGCUUCAUUGCGACAUGUCUGAUGCGGUGAAUGUUUUGACGCACAUAUCGGAAGUACCCAUCCCUAAGGAAAGACAAUCUAGAAUUGAAGAACUGAAAAAGAAGCAUGCUAAACAAGAUUUCAAGGAGCUGUAUAGCUCUGUAGCUAACAAGGAGGAAAUGAUGGAGAUUCUUGUUAACUCUAAACAAGAAGCCGAAAAUGUUGAAUCUGAUGAUGGAGCUCUCUGGGACAUUUUCCGUAGAGAAGAUAGUCCUAAAUUAGAAAGUUACAUUGAGAAACAUCACAAGGAGUUCAGACAUCUCUACUGCUGCCCUGUGUCUCAGGUUGUUCAUCCAAUACAUGACCAGAAUUUCUACUUAACGCGGUAUCAUAUAAUGAAGCUGAAAGAAGAAUAUGGCAUUGAACCAUGGACCUUUAAUCAGAAGCUUGGAGAUGCUGUUUUAAUACCUGUAGGUUGCCCUCAUCAAGUUAGAAAUUUGAAGUCCUGCACAAAGGUAGCGCUUGACUUUGUCUCACCUGAAAAUAUCGGCGAGUGUUUACGCUUGACAAAACAGUAUCGUCUACUUCCACCUAAUCAUUAUGCAAAAGAGGACAAGUUGGCGGUUAAGAAGAUGAUAAUCCAUGCAGUUGAUAAGUCUCUCCGAAACUUAAGUGGAGAGAAGUCUCCAGAACCCAAAGAGAAGAACAAUUUUAAGAGAAGGAACAAGUCAAAGGGUAAAGGCAAAGCAGUUGUGAAGGCUCUCAAAGACUUACCUCCAAGUGAAAAGUCUUCUGAAGCCGAAGAGGAGAAAUCAAAGAUGAUAGUCAAUCCAAUCGAUAAGUCUCUCGAAGACUUUCCACCAACUCAACAGAAGUCUCUGGAAACCGAAGAGAAGAGAAAACCAAAGAUAGUGAAGACAUACGUGCGGAGAAAAAAUCUGGGAAGUCAAGAAACACGUAGACAUUGGCUAAUUACAAAAGGAGAAGAGUAGGAGUAAUUGUUAGUUGCAUCUCAAAACUCAUCUGUUUUGUUGUCCGUAUAUAUAUAUUUUUUUGGCAUAAUUUGUAAAUCUCGCCUCAAUCAUCUUACUCUGUGAAGUACUCAAGUCUGAGAAGUAGUUAACUUCACUCCUCGAGAUGUAAGCUGGAGUAAACUAAUAGGAAAAAGAGUUAAACUGAUUUAAGUUUAAAUACA